AACUACGUUCAAACUAACAUACUCAAAUAUUGAGAUAUAAUAAUUUUAACAUAAAUAUUAUUUGCGUGCACAUUUUCCUUUUAUUUUGAAUAGUCAUCCCAAGUGACGAUUCUGAUAUUUCGAACAGUGUUUAUAAUUUGAAUUUAAAAGUUGAAAAGUAUGUCGGAAAAUAGUAUUUACGAUCUGGCUUAUCGCGGUAAAACCGCUGAUGUGAAGGCUUUAAUAAAUCAAGAUGAACGAUUAAUAACAGCUCGAGAUAGCAGUGGCCGAAUGUUAAUACAUUGGGCAGCCCUUGGUGGACACGACGAAUUAGUAAGAUAUUUAUUAUCUCUUGACGUGCCGGUGGAUCCUACCGAUGAUACAGAUAUGACGCCGUUAAUCUUAGCGGCAUCAGCAGGCCGCGAAAAAGUCGUUAAUACAUUGAUAAAUGAAGGUGCAGAUAUUAACGCUAAAACACAGCAAGGCCAUUCGGCAUUACAAUACGCAGCAUCGAAAAAUUGGAAGUCAAUCUGCGCUUUACUGUUAGAAAAAGACGCAAAUGUUAACAUUACAGACAAUCGUGGAGCUACACCUUUACAUAGAGCUGCGUCUAAAGGCAAUAUUGCUAUUGUUAAACUUCUUUUAGAGCAUGGAAAAAAAUUAUAUAUUGAUAACAAGGAUGCAGAUGGAAAUACUGCGUUACAUUUGACGUGCGAGGAGAAUCGGGUUGAUGAAGCGAAGCUAUUAGUAGGAAACGGUGCUAACUUAACAAUAAAAAAUAAGCAAGAGAAGACUCCUCUAGAUCUAGCGAGCCCAGGAUUAAGACGAGCCUUACAAGAUAUUUGUUCCGAAAAGGAGAAGUCGUCAUAAAUAACGAAGUACAGCAUUAAUAUCAUUGGUUCAGUGGAGUUCAAUAUAUUUUUUACAUAGCUUAAAAAUAAGUUAACUUAUUGUCUACUAAAAAUGUUCUUUUACAUUUCCU